AUGGCCCCUGGUGAAGCUCUUCAGUAUGAGGGUUUAGUCCAGCUUCUUCUGUACUUUGGAUGGAAAUGGGUAGGACUUGUCACUGUAGAUGACAAACAUGGAGAACAUUUCAUACAAACUCUGGAACCCAUGCUCUCGCAAAAUAAAAUCUGCUCCGAAUUCACUGAAAGGGUUGACAGAAAUUUCCAUUUGUAUGAGCCAUUUGACAUGCUUGAACGAACUCUGAGUUACAUUACCUUGUUCACAGAGAAAACAGCAAACACGGUUAUUAUAUAUGGAGAAAAUAUAGUCUUCAUGUGGCUGGCCUCUACUCUACUAGUGACCACAAUGUUUCCUGUAACAACUUCUGACUCUUCACAGAAACUUUCAGCAAGAAAAGUGUGGAUUACAAUGGCCCAAAAUGAUUUCACAUUACAUUCCUUACAAAGGCCUCUGGGUAUGCAAAUGUUCCAUGGGGCUAUUUCCUUCUCAAUUAGCACAAAACAAAUUCCAGGUUUCCAGCAAUUUCUACGGGCUGUCACCCCUUCUGGGGCAAAUCAAGAUGGCUUUAUUAGAGAUGUCUGGAAGCAAGCUUUUGUCUGCUCAAUACCCAAGAGUGAUGUUCCUGAAGAUGAAGAUGAAGAUGAAGAAUGUACUGGAGAGGAAAGGCUGGAGGACCUGCCUGCAACUUUCCUUGAAACCAGCACGCUCGGCCAUAGUUACAGUAUCUAUAAUGCCGUCUAUGCUGUGGCUCAAGCUUUACAUGUUGCUCACACGUUUAGGACUGAUCGGAACAUCCUAAAGGACAGGGAUCAAGUGCAGUCAAAGAAUCUAGAAGCCUGGCAGCUCCAUCCAUUUCUGCAGAGAAUGUCCUUCAACAACACUGCAGGAGAUGAAAUUAAAUUAAACGAAGAUGGAGUAUUAGAAGCCGGAUUUGACAUCGUAAACCUGGUCACUUUUCCAAAUAACUCCUACAUCACCGUCCUAGUUGGAGAAAUGGAUCCAAAAGCUCCUGCAGGAAAAACCUUGAUCCUUAAUGGAGACAGAAUCCACUGGCACCACGAAUUCACUCAGCUACCACCUCUCUCGUUAUGCAAUGAACCUUGUCCUCUUGGAAGCAGAAAGAACAAGAUCGAAGGGCAGAAAUUUUGCUGCUACGCUUGUGCUCCGUGUCCAGAGAAGAUGAUAUCAAGACAAAUGGACAUGGAGCAUUGUGACGGCUGUUCAGAGGAUCACUUUCCAAACCAAGCUCAAGACGAGUGCAUUCCAAAGACAAUGAACUUCCUCUCCUUUGAAGAGCCGCUGGGCAACACUCUGGUUUCUCUGGCUCUUCUUUUUUGCCUGGUGACGGCUUUCGUGCUGGCAAUCUUCAUUAAGCAGCGGGACACUCCCAUCGUCAAAGCCAACAAUCGCAGCCUCACCUACCUCCUCCUCAUCUCCCUCUUUCUCUGCUUCCUCUGCUCUCUUCUCUUCAUCGGACAGCCCAACAAGGCCACCUGCCUCCUCCGACAAACGGCAUUUGGCAUCAUCUUCUCUGUUGCCGUUUCCUCUGUUCUGGCCAAAACCACCACAGUCAUCGUGGCAUUCCUUGCUUCUAAACCGGGAAACGUUUUCCACAAAUGGGUGGGGCAAAAGUUGGCCUAUGCUAUUGUCUGGGGUGGAUCCCUUCUUCAAGCAGGCAUUUGUGUGUUUUGGCUGGGUUCUUCUCCUCCCUUCCCAAAUCUGGACACACAAACCCUGCCUGGGGAAAUCAUAGUGGAAUGUCACGAAGGCUCCGCCACCAUGUUUUACUGUGUCUUGGGCUACCUGGGCUUCUUGGCCCUUCUCAGCUUCACUGUGGCCUUCCUAGCCAGGAAGUUGCCAGACAGUUUCAACGAAGCCAAGUUCAUCACUUUCAGCAUGUUGGUGUUCUGCAGCGUUUGGCUGACCUUUGUGCCCACCUACCUGAGCACCAAGGGGAAGUACAUGGUGGUGGUGGAAAUCUUUUCUAUCCUGUCUUCCAGUGCUGGCUUACUGGGAUGCAUCUUCGCCCCUAAAUGUUAUAUUAUUGUAAUUAGGCCAGAGUGUAAUACGAGAGAGCAACUAAUACGACAACGACAAAACUCUUCUGAAUGCCAAGCCAGAGGAGGAGCGAGUGGAGUCGGCAGGUGA